AUGGCAGGUAGGUCAUUCCAAGUUCAAGAAAAUAAACAGUUGCCCGCGGCUUUGGGAAAAUCGGGCAUCUUCUCAAAGCCGAAUUCCCAUUCUUCGAAAACCGUGUUCGAUUCACCCAUUGUCACGAAUAAGCUUUUGGAAGCAAUAAGCAUCCCUGGUGCUAGCUCCACCGAAAGCGAUAUCUGGAUCGGGUACGAGUCGAAGGUUACCCUGAAUGUCUGCAAUGCCAAACGUUUCAUUAAAAAUCAAAAGGUAGAAUUUAUCGUCAACGGCAAUCAACUUCGAACUAUGGCUACCGUAGUUCGUGAUGCCACCGAUGACGACGAUGUUCUAUACAUCACCUUCAUCGCCGACGGUAAAUUUGACCGAUAUCUUUUGAUAGGAAUGGUUAGGAACCCCAAGGUGUUUGCGUUGGAUAUGGCUUCGUUGAAGGAAUCCGCCCGAACCGAUGACUUGGGAACCGCUAUUAGCCACUUGAUGCCUCUGUUGUCCGAUACCACAAUUGUCAAGGUUGUGACCGAUCAACAUACAGAUGAGAGUAUCGUUCGCCAUGGAUUGAACCUAAUUUUGAAAUACAAAUUUUGUCUCAGACACUUAUGGAAAUACGGUUUAAGCUUAAAGGAAAUGGGGGAUGCACCUCGUUAUUUCGACAAUAACGAUGCGGCCAUCUUCUUCAAGAGAAGGGCAUUUUCUUUAAUCCCGACCAACGAUGAGGAUUCUAAGCUCUCGCGUACCGAUCCAAACUUCUAUCGGAAAGCUGCACGAAGCCCACUCUUCGUGCAACUUAAACGGCGCGAUGAAUUCCUCCGGAACUUUCUCUUCUCAUCUUGUCUUUCGGGUUCUCUGGCUGUGCUUUGGUUUACCAAAGUGAUGUGUCACAAUCUGAAAAUAAGUGAGAAACAUAGGAAAAGUCUGCUUCAAAUUAACGGGGUCGCUUCCGUGGUAAAAGCCGCGAUAAAACAUUACGACGAAAUGUUUCCGCGUCCCGUUAAAACCUCUAUUAACCCCUGGGUGUCCAUUUCAGGGGACAAAAAGAACAAGAAGGUGACAACAAAAGAUAUUCCGAUGGACGUUGACCGCCCGGCAAAAGCUUCCACCAAAGCCGUGGUGCACCAGGAGGACACGGAUGCCAUCAAAGUCCUCAACCAGGCCCCGAGAGAGGUUCCUAUUCCUCCCCAAGCUCCUCUUCCUGGACAACUCCAACCUCCUGUCCAGUAUUCGAACGGCGGCUACUUCACCGGUUCUGGAGCCAACCAUGACGGAACUUCCGAAAAUCCACGGAACGAAAAGGAUCCUCUGGGACUCCAGAACGAUUACGAAGAAGAGCCCUCCAUCUCCUUGGAUCCCGCUUCUUUUCAAGCUCUUUCAGAGAUUCUGAAGAUGCUCCCCUUGCAGGGCGGUGUCGUCCAAGCCGUCGAAGCUUUAAAAGCCGCCCAAAACCUGUCCACUUCCCCGUUCCUCGUCCCGACCUCUCAUUCUUCUGGAUGUGUCCCGGCUUUCCCCUCUGGUCUCAUCCCCCCUUCUUCUAAUUCCCUCCCGUCCUCGAACUCUCUUGUCCCGCCUUCGACUUCUAACACCGUCCCGUCGGGUGAAAACCUGAAAAAGAAAAGUCGAAAUGAACCAAGAGGACGCUCCACGUCCACAAAAAGGGACAAAAAAGUCGACAGGAAAGGGAAACGGGAAAUUCGCUCACCAUCCAAGGGCCCGGUGUCGAAAGCCCCGAAGGUGGACGGCAUCGCGGACCUAAUCAAGCGGAAGGAGAAGGAGGCGGUGUCGGAUGCGGAGAUCGCCGGUCGCCUUCAAAGCGAGCACGCCAAACUGGAGGAAGACAUCAAAAAACUUCACGCUCGUAAGGAGGUGAUCAAAGAAGCAGCCGGCGAAUUUCAACGCCGAGCCGCUUUAGCUACAGCGGAGAUCGCUAUACUUACCCGCCACCUUCCCCGUUCUUAG